AUGAACAUUCAGAUUUGUAGCCUUACAGCGGCCAUCGCUGUUAAUUCAGCGGUCGUGGGCUCCGAACCCCGGUCCUUACACAAGCGAGGUCUGGAAUCGCUGUGUAUCCUGGUCACCUCCAUGACCAGCCGGAACUGUUGGGACUUUGCUGACUACGGCUGUACCUGUGGUCUCAAGGGUCAGAGUGACCUUGUGCCAGUGGACAGUGUGGACAGAUGCUGUCUUGACCGCUUGACAUGCUACCAGCAGCUGAAUUGUUCCACGCCCUUUUUUAUCGACAGCGGAGUGAUAUGUACACAAGAUGGCUGCAACUGUACCGACACAGAGACGGGCUCGUGUGAGUACCAGACAUGUCAGUGUGACCUCCAGUUUGGACUGUGUCUCUCCAGUCGUGGCACCUUUGACAGAACCUACGAGAACUACGACAGGACCAAAUGUAAAAACGUCUAGAGCAAAGAGUUUUUAAUAAAAUGUAUCUGGCAUGUUGUGUUAUUUAAAGUU